GCGAGUGUUUGGGCUACAGACGGAGGAGAUGGGCCCAGGGAGGAAUGACGUGUUUCUCAGGUAUGACUUCAGCAAGCACACGGGCAGCGGGGAGCCUCGGACCAUUCAGGAGGUCUCGGUGUGCUACAGGUUUCGGCUCGCGCAGUACCGGGAGGCUGGCUGUAUGUUCCUCUCCUAUGCUUACUCUGACAAGAUGGACAAUGCCUUGCUUUUCUUCCAGAUCGGCGACACUCUCGAAUUUUACUACAACGACGUGAAGGAGUCCGCGCAGCUUGACCUUCAGGUGGAUGACACUCUGGGACUCUGGCAUCACCACUGCUUCGUCUUCGCUCGCUCCACCUACAGGGUGUACAUUGACGGGGAGCUGCUGGCGGAGGGGGGGACACAGGCGCGGCAUGUGGGCAUCCCUCUGAACGGCACUCUCUACGUAGGGCAGGACCAGGAUCGCUACGACGGAGGACUUGACCCCGCCCAGUCCCUCAGCGCCCACAUGGCCCAGGUGAACAUCUGGGACCGCGCCCUGAGCCCCGCCACCGUGAGGAGCGCCGCGCUGUGUGAGGACAACCCGCGGGGCAACGUGCUGUCCCUCGACCUGCAGGCGGUGGAGGAGGCCAACGUGACGGUGGAGGAGGCGCGCGUCACCACCUUCUGCAAAAGCAACUCGGAGUUCGUGGUGGUGCCGCGGGUGUCCACGCUGGAGGAGGCGCGGGCGUUCUGCGGUCUGAUGAACGCGUCCCUGUACAUCCCUGAGGACGAGGAGAACAACGCCAGGCUCUUCAGCCACACCCUGCAGUUCCUGGACGUCUGUGGCGUCAGGAGCUACAGGCUGCUCUUCCUCGACGCCACGGACGCCGCCGUAGAGGACCACUGGGUAAAGGGGAGCAGCGGGCACCCCCUGACCUACCAUAACUGGGCGCCGGGGGAACCGAACGGCGGUAGGAAGGGCAACUGUGUGGUGAUGCGGAAGUCUGACGGCAGAUGGGGCGACACGCUGUGCUCGGAGCGGCAGUGCUUCGCGUGUCUCAGGACGCACCGGGACUUCCUCAUCCUGCGCGGCCUGUGUGAGCCUCGGGAGGACAUGCUGCGCCUCCACCUGACGGGGUACGUGAAGGAGCGGCCGUUCUUCAAGGGCUUCUACAAGUUCAUGAUUUACUACUCCGGCGCCUCCUCGUGGUUGCUCCGCGACACUAACAGGGACGUGGUGCUGGCCUCCUUCACGCCCACACACGAGGCGGAGUACCCCUUAGGGCGGCGGCGGUGGCAGGUGCUGAGUGAGUUCUGCCAGUACACCGUGGGGUCGUUCAUCAGCCUGGGCCUGUCCUCCUGCACCAACCACCACUUCAUGUGCUCUGACGGGUCGUGUGUGGCGCGCACCGUCCGCUGUAACCUUCAGGAGGACUGUGUGGACGGCAGUGACGAGGAGGACUGCAGCAUCGUGGAGUUUGGGGAGAAAUACUUCAACUACCGCCCUCCCCCGAGCGGCACCUUCGGGAAGCCCCUCGCUGUGGAGCCUCUGGUCGAUCUAGUGAGGUUUUCCAAGAUCGACGACAUCAACCUGGCCUUCAACGUGGAGAUCGAGGUGACGCUGGCCUGGCGGGACACAAACCUUCGCCUGAACAACGUGCGGAGCGAGGAGGGCAAGAACCGGCUGUCCAGGAAGCAGGUGAAGGAGGUGUGGACGCCCGAGGUGGAAUUCUUAAACAUCUACGACGGCCAGCAGAAGGAUUUGAAACUGUCUGUAGUGGUGAGGGAGAACAAGCCAGCUGAUCCCCCGCUCUUCAAUGACGUCAGGAUGGACACGGUGCACUCUCCCCUCAGCGUGCAGAUGGUGAAGAGGCAGCAGUACUCGGCAAGCUUCUCCUGUAACUUCCUCCUCUUCAUCUACCCUUUCGACACUCAGACCUGCACCAUCUUACUCAGCCUCUCCUCUGCUGAUAACGAGGUGGUUGAGUUUCAAAACGCGUCCGUGGUGUACAGAGGGAUGAGAAACCUUCCUAAAUUCACUAUAUUGAACGAAAAGGCGACGCUUCUCAACAAUACAGGUUAUUCAGUUAUUCAGGUUCAGUUUCAGCUCCAGCGUCGGUACAGCCUCCUCGUCCUCACUAUCUUCGUGCCAACUUUCUUGCUCAUUGGAGUUGGCUACACCACUCUCUUCAUUCAGCUCCCAGCGUUCCAGGUCCGCUCCAUCAUGACUCUCACAACGAUGCUAGUAAUGUACACGCUCUUCAACCAAGUGUCGAGUGGCCUUCCUGACACUGCCUAUAUUAAAAUGCUAGACAUGUGGUUUUUCUUCUGUAUCUUCCUUAUUUUGAGCAUCAUUGUCCUCCAUGUGACUGUGGAGCACCUGCCGGAGGGUAACGCGGCCCCUCCUUCUUCAUCUAAGCCUAUAUCAUCGUCAUUUAAAGAGAUUGAGCGGAUUUCAAGAUUAUCCAUAGUGAAGGUGCGUCCCGUGGUGAAUCCAGUCCCGUCUCGCACCCCGGCUGGUUCGUCUCAGGCUAGUGUCUCCGUCAGGUGGUCAGCGCCGUGGGUGAUGUUGAUGGCCCGCGCUGUGGUGUACCCCGCCAUCAUCUUCACCUUCAACACCAUCUUCUGGAGUGUUGUUGUGUUCGUUUAUGCGUGACGCGCCCUUGUUUGUCAUGUUCUUGUUGUUUUUGUUGUUGUUGUUCUUGUUCUUCUUCUUCCUCUU